AUGGCCGCCGCCGACGCCGACGCAGCCGAGGUGGAGCGGCUUUACGAGCUCGGCGAGCGCCUCUCCUCCGCCAAGGACAAGUCCGAGCAUGCGGCGGACUACGAGGCGAUUAUUGCAGCGGUGAAGGGACAGAGUGUCAAGGCGAAGCAGCUCGCAGCGCAGCUCAUCCCCAGGUUCUUCCGGAGCUUCCCUGCACUCGCCACGCGCGCCAUGUCGGCCAUGUUCGACCUCGUCGAUAUGGAGGAGCUCGCGAUCAGAAUACAAGCUAUUCGGGGGUUUCCACUUCUUGGCAAAGAUACUGAAUUUGUGUCAAAAAUUGCAGAUGUUUUGGGACAACUCCUUACAAGCGAGGAAAAUGUGGAGCGUGAUGCUGUUCAUAAAGCGCUCAUGUCCCUUGUACGACAAGAUGUUAAAAAUUCUUUACAACCUUUAUUUAAGCAUGUGGAGCAAGGAUCAGAGAUUCGUGAGAAGAUUAUUUGUUUUCUUCGAGACAAGGUCUUUCCUCUUAAAGCAGAGCUACUGAAACCUCAAGCAGAAAUGGAGAGAUUUAUAACAGAUUUGAUAAAGAAAAGUGUGCAAGAUGUAACUGGUUCAGAAUUUGAACUAUUCAUGGGGUUCCUGCGAAGCUUGAGCAUAUUUGGGGAUUCUGCUCCUAGAGAGUCCUUUCAAGAACUAAUUGAAAUUAUUCAAGCACAGGCUGAUCUGAAUUCACAAUUCAAUGUUUCUGACAUUGACCACAUUGAGAGGUGGAUUUCAUGCGUGUAUAUGGCUCUUCCGAUCUUCAUGAGAGGAGGAUCAGCAAGCAAGUUCCUCAAUUACUUCGUCAAGCAAAUUGUUCCAGCAUUUGAGAAGAUUCCUGAAGAAAAGAAACUGGAUUUGCUCAAGACUAUUGCUUCAAGUUCACCGUAUGUGACAGCACAAGAUUCACGUCAGCUGCUUCCAUCUGUUGUUCAGUUACUCAAGAAGUAUAUGCCUGGGAAGAAGGUGGAAGAUAUCAGCCAUAAUUAUGUUGAGUGCUUGCUGUACACUUUUCAUCAUUUGGCUCAUAAGACUCCAAACACAACGAACAGUCUAUGUGGUUACAAGAUUGUUACUGGGCAACCAUCAGAUAGACUUGGAGAGGACUUCUCAGAGCAUUACAAAGAUUUCACGGAGAGGUUAACUGGAACAGAAGAGACGGUACGAGCAGCCUCAAAGCGACUAACUCAGGGGAUGGCAGAUUUCAACAAGGCAAUAUCUUCAGCAAAAACUGAAGAGGAAAAGACUAAAAUUAAAGGUGAUCAGCAAACUUCAACAAGGACAAUGAGGUCAUAUAACAAUAUAUUGGCAAUGACACAGUCAUUGCAUUCGAAAUCCCCUUUAUUUAUCGGUGAUAAGAAAAUCACUCUAUCAUGGAUGGAGCAGCCCAAGAAAUCAGAAGCUACAACAGCAGGGGGGAAGAGGUCACAACCUGCUACAGAUGGGAAUGGCCCUGCAAAUAAGAAGGGGAGAGGAGGAAUGCAAAACCAGCUUGUGAACAGAGCUUUUGAAGGAUUGUCUUGUGGUGGUAGAGGCAGUGGAAGGGGGCGGGGCAGGGGUGGCCGAGGAAGAGGAAGAGGAUGGGGUGGCUACCGCUGA